CACAGUCGGCACAGAGAGCGAGAUUCCUCAACGAGGAUGCCAAAAAAGAGAGGAAGAAGGGUAGCUUUUGCUUUCAAAAUGUCAGAAAACGACAACGACCCUUUGACAUGUACAAUGUAAACGGCGUAUGUAUGUAUGUGUAGUCAGAAACCCUUUGAAUAACAAAAGAAAAGAUACGGUUCACUUUCUCUUUCUUUCAUGUCGAGAAUCGAGAUUGCUCGAAGCGACAAGCAGCACCGCAGAUUGUGUGUCUGCGGGAGAAUCCAAAGCCAAGAAGAAACAAACAUACAUCAUAUGCAGAGUCAACUACCGUUGUCUAUUGUAUAAUUGUUCCCCACGUGUGGCUCUGUGUUAGAUCUCUUUGUGUGGUGUCAACGAAAGGGCUCCAGCGCCACCAAAAAGCUCUUCCUAGGAAGCUUCCUACCUCUCUUCCUCCUUGGCUCGCUUUCCCUUUUUUUUUUUCCCCCUUUCUUUUUUCUUGGGUUGGAUAGUCCUUAAAAAACGCCCCAAGGCCUUUCCAAGCUCUAUCUGUCUUCACUCUCGCUGUUUUUUCCGUUCACUUCGCAGUUGCAGUUGCAGUUGCAGUGGCAGUUAUUUUUAACAAGUUUCUAUUCGAUGGAGUAUGGUGGUUGCAAGUCUUCAAGAACUACUGGGAAAAGAAAGUCACAAGAAGAAGAUGGUAUUUUGAGCUUCUCUAUGGAUGAUCUCAAUCAAGACGUUCUUGAAAGGCUUCUUUCAUGGCUUCCAACAUCCUCAUUUUUCCGCCUUAAUUCAGUGUGCAAAAGAUGGAAAUCAGUUGCAGCUUCUGCAGGUUUCAAGCUUGCCUGCUCUCACAUUCCUUCACGGGAUCCAUGGUUUUUCAUGGUCAAUCCUAAUCUCAACCAGUCAAUUGUCUUUGACUCUGCUGAUAGAAGUUGGAGGAAACUUCAUCAUCCACCUCUCCUCGAGAAAGACUCUAACCACAAUUCCAUGCCUGUCGCAACCUCUGGCGGCUUGGUCUGUUUCCGCAAUUUAACCGGCAACUUCAUUAUAUGUAAUCUUGUGACAGGAUCCUGCAGAGAACUCCCUCCACUUGAUCCAACCCGACGGAGUCAAACUCUUCAUGCCAUUGUGAUGAACACGUCUUUGGAAGACUCCGGCUCUUAUAAGCUUGUGUUAGUCUCUGGUGAGCUCCCAAAACUCUCCUGUAUAGUCUACAACUCAAGCGUUGGUUGCUGGGAGGAGGAGAUUGCAUUAAGCAAAAAGGAUGACAAUUCUCUGGGAUUAGACUCAAAUGAUGACAAUGCUGUGUAUUUCCUUAAUAAGGCUGGAAAUGUUGUAGCAACUAACAUGCAGAGAAGCCCAUCUAAGCAAUACUCCUCAGUUAUUACUAAUAAAGGUGGUGAGGAGAUUGUCUACUUCCUUAGCUCCUCAGGGAAGGUUGUCGUUUGCAAUCUGACCCAGAAGCGCUUCUUCGAGUACCCCGGGUUAUUGCCUGUAUACUCUGAGUACUCCAUUGAUAUGGUGGAAUGUGGAGGGGAAAUGCUUGUUGUUAUGUUGUCAGAAUUCCUUGAAAGUGCAAGCCUAAGGGUGUGGAGGUAUGAUGAGGAGAUUCGGUCUUGGCAACAGAUUGCAGCAAUGCCUCCAGCAAUGUCACAUGAGUGGUUUGGCAGGAAGGUGGAUAUAAACUGUGUUGGGGCCGGUCACCGGAUAUUGAUCUGCUCGAACUCUGGCGAGCUAUUUAGUUAUGUUCUUUGUGAUUUGGUCACUAAUGAAUGGGUUGAAUUGCCCAAAUGCUGUGUGAAUGGUGAAGCCGUAGAAUUCAUGUCUGCCUUCUCAUUUGAGCCCCGGAUUGAGGCUUCUGUAUGAGAUCAAGAUGAUUUGGUGUGGAUUGAGGAAUGCCAUCUUUUAAUUUCCAUUCAUCCUUUCUUUUGUCUUCUUUCCUUUUUCAGUUUAACAGUUGUUUAGAAUAAUUUUUAUUAAAUUUAUUUGAAUUGAUCCAUCAUGGAAAUCUGCCAGAUUAUUUUGAUGACAUAUUGGGAUAAGAUUUCCUUUA